UCGCUCGCGGGGAAGACAGAGGAAGCAGAGUGUGUAUGCGGGCGGCACCCCAAAAGGCUAUGCUGAGGUGCAGAUCACCUACAUUGCUCACGCUCAGGAUGCUACUAUCAUCUCCUUCUACCUCAAGGAACCCUAACACUAACUCGAAUCUCACAUGCAAACCCACCUCUCGUAUUCCCAAAUCAUUUCAUCGUUCAAGUGAUCUCAGUCUCUUCUCAAACCCUCACCCUUUCCGCCAAACCAUGGCACUCGUCAACUGCUGCUCCAGCAAUACCACCCAUACGGUGCCCAUCUCGACUGCACCCGAGUCCGGAAAUCCGGAACCCGACUCUGUUUCUGGGUCUCUCGUCGUGGUCUCCUUCUAUAAGUUCGCUGAUUUUCCUGAUCAUGCUGAUAUGCGAAAACCAUUGAAGGAGCUUUGUGAGGAACUGCGUGUUUCAGGUGGUAUCAUUCUUGCACCAGAGGGGAUCAAUGGUAGCAUAUGUGGGACUCCAGAAUCGGUGGAAAGAGUACUUGGAUUUAUCCAGAGUGAUAGCCGCCUAAAGGGACUGAGGCAGGUGGAAUCACCUGUGACUCCUGAAGAGGAGGCCAUCCACCAUGGACACACUAGCAGUUCUCCUCUUGCAGCAGGGGAAGAUGCACCCUUCCGAUGGGAUCAUGUCCGUGUCAAAUUGAAGAAAGAGAUUGUUACUCUUGGGAUGCCGAGUGUGUCACCAAAUGAAAAGGUUGGAAAGUAUGUGAGCCCAAAGGACUGGAAUGCAUUAAUCGGCGAUCCAGAAACGGUGGUGAUUGAUGUUCGUAAUGAUUAUGAAACUAGAAUUGGGAAGUUCAAAGGAGCAGUUGAUCCAUGUACUUCAGCAUUCCGUGAGUUCCCGUCCUGGGUGGUGGACCAGUUCCAGCUUGGCAAAACAAAAAAUGAGCAUGCAAAGGUUGAGGCAGAGGCCACAGAUGCAAGCACCAAUCAGGACACAGAAGUUCCAAAUGAGAAAAUGCCACAGCGGGUUGCAAUGUAUUGCACAGGAGGAAUUCGAUGUGAGAAAGCUUCAAGUUUUCUCCUCAGCAAGGGUUUCAAAGAGGUUUAUCACUUGGAAGGUGGGAUUUUGAAGUACCUGGAGGAGGUUCCUAAAACGGAGAGCAUGUGGGAAGGUGAGUGCUUUGUGUUUGACAAACGAGUGUCAGUGGAGCAUGGUCUGGUGCAAGGAAGUUUCAAGCUUUGCUACGGGUGCAAGCAACCAGUUAGUGAUGCAGACAUGGAAGCUCCGGAAUGGGAGUAUGGAGUAUCUUGCCCAUACUGUUAUUCAUCGAAAUCUGAAGAAGAGAAAGAGAGGGCUAGAGCUCGGCAGAGGCAAUUCGAGACCUGGGGCAUUAUCGGUGGCCCUGACAAGGGUAGGCGACCAACGUGAUUCACCCUCAGUAUAACUAAUCUAGAGCAUUAUAUUCACUGAAAAAUGAAUUGGUACAUGUAUUUUGACUUGUUUCUUUCUCAUUGUUGAUGAAUGGCAUGUGUUUUUGUGGUUGUAUAACUGAGUGUAACUAAGGGAAAACCUUGUCUUAACCACAAAUCUAGAUUUGGGGUGAAUGGAAGAUUGGGUUUUGUUAAGGGGAUUAGAUCAAGCUUCAAAGAGUCCUGUUUCUUUUAUGGGUGAUCCAUGCUCCCUAUCCAAUGUAAGGCAUUGCCAAGUUCCAUUUUCA